AUGGGAACUGUGGUUGGAACUGUUGAGGACCGCAGGGAGAUAUUUGAAGGCAGUGUUCAGACAAGGAUCACACCAUUUUCUUCAACGAAUCAGAUUGGAAAUCCUGUUGCCUACAAGCUUGUCCGGGUUGCAGGAGAUGGGAGUCUGGUUCCUGCAACCGAUGAAGAAAUUUUUGAGGUUAACGAGACGGAUAUGCAUAUUGCAUCAGAUGCUUGUCAGACCGUAGGCGACCUUCCCGCUGAAGGUUUACCUUCUCAGCUUUCCCAGCUUGGAAGCUCACAAGCUAACAGAUCAGGUUUAUUGCAGUCUGACAAUGUGGAACCAUGUACUGACCAGUAUAACGAGGAGAUGUUGCAAAAGGUUGAACAGGAAGAGGAGCUUGUCAUGAUACAUGAAUCUCAAAUGCCUUCCACUCCUCCGGAUGCCAACGUCCAGUGUUCUAACGAAAACAACUUGUUGGGUGAGGAUCAAGUCCACCAUGAAGCUUUGCUGCAAGAACCGAUUCCUUUCUCAUCAAAUGAUCAGAAUGGAUGCGAUAUGAAUCAAAUUAGUAACGUCGAGCCAUGCUCAAAUGCAGCAGCUAGUCCAAAUGAAGCUGCAUUGCUUGGUGCUUCUCAAAAACCUGAUUUUUCUUUAGUUAGAGGCGAGAUCUGCUUGGAUAAUUUACCGAUUAAAGCACUGCAAGAAACAUUCAGGGCAACGUUUGGCCGUGAGACGACUGUUAAAGACAAGACGUGGCUCAAAAGGAGGAUUGCAAUGGGACUUAUUAAUUCAUGUGAUGUACCAACAGCUAACCUGAGAAUUAAAGAUAACAAGCUAGUUGGAAAUCAAGAGAAGUCCAAUGAUGUUGUUAGCGAGGAUAUGGGUGAUGAUGUAAGAGCUACUAACCGGAAAGAAGCACCAUCGAGUGCUGAUCAUGUGAAUGGACAUGCAAAUGCUUCUGGCCAUAGUCUCCGUGGCAACCACUAUUAUGGUAGUGAGGAUUUUUCCCGUGAGCAGAGCGCUGCAAAAAGAGUUAGGAAGCCUACGCGAAGAUACAUUGAAGAACUUUCAGAAACAGAUGAAAAACAGCAAAAUGACAAGUUAAUGAUCCCUUCAAAAGAUCAGAGGUUGUCUGAAAAAUCCGAGGUCAGGUCUAUUAGCGUCUCCUCAGGGAAGAGAGUUGUCGUCACCAGGAUGGUAUCUUUUGCUGGAUCUGAAAUUGAGGUUCCUUAUGUUUCUCAUGUUAGGAGAAGCCGUCCAAGAGAGAACAUUAUGGCUCUUAUGGAAUGUCAUUCCAGUUGGUCGGAAGCUAAAGCUAGUGCAGCAGAGAGUAGCCUCAAUCUGAGCCCAUCUCAGUUAAGCAGUGAGGUUUUGAACCGAGAUUCGGUUUUACAGAAAGAAUUUGGUACUAGUCACAAUAACGAGGAGCAGAACCUCAUUGAGGUUGAUCAAGACAUGGAGCCAGAGCACAUAGACUCAUCUGGGAAUAGCUCGGAUGACAGUAAUAACGUCGGCGCGCAAACUAUGCAAGGUAAUGUAGUUAGAAGGAAGCAUCAUCGAGCUUGGACCCUGUCUGAGGUUACAAAACUAGUCGAAGGUGUAUCUAAGUAUGGAGCCGGGAAGUGGUCUGAAAUCAAAAAGUUUUCGUUUUCAUCUUACUCGUAUCGUACCUCUGUAGAUCUCAAGGACAAAUGGCGAAAUCUUCUCAAAGUAAGCUUUGCUCACAGUCCCUCAAACAACACGGGAAGUCUUAAGAAACAUGGGUCGAUGUACAUUCCUACGGAGAUUCUGUUACGCGUAAGGGAGCUCGCGGAGAAGCAGUCACUGUUUCCACCGAUAAGCAACAGAACGGAAAAGGAAACAAGAUCCAACUUCUUGUAG